AUGGCUUCCCACGAGCAAGAGGACACCAUGCCUGAGGAGACUCAGGGCUACAAGCUCUCCCAGCCCAAGCAGAGUCUCGCUGAAUACCAGAAGAUGGUGCUAGCAGCUCAUGGAGUCAAUGUUGAUACAUACGAGCUUGGAGACUUUGACCAAGAAGAUGGAGAAAUCACCCCGACUAACGCGGCAACAGACCAGAACGAUGAGUCUCUCCAGCGCUACAAGGAGUCCCUCGGCCUCGGCGGCGGCAAGGACCUCUCUGACCCCAGCGAUCCCCGUGUCUGCAUCAUCCUCUCCCUGACCAUGGAGUCCCCCGGCCGCGAACCCGUCACCAUCGACCUGUCCGCCCCCGGCUCCGAAGCCAGCCUGAAGGACAAACCCUUCAAGAUCAAGGAGGGUGCCAAGUUCACCAUGGUUGCCACCUUCAAAGUCCAGCACGAGAUUCUCAGCGGUCUCCAGUACGUCCAGGUCGUCAAGCGUAAGGGAAUCAAGGUCAGCAAGGACUCUGAGAUGCUGGGUAGCUAUGCUCCCAACACCGACAAGCAGACCACCUACACCAAGCGCUUCCAAGAGGAGGACGCCCCCUCCGGCAUGCUCGCCCGUGGCCACUACAACGCCAUCUCCAGCUUCGUCGACGACGACAAGAAGACCCAUUUGACUUUCGAGUGGUCUUUCGACAUCGCCAAGGACUGGUAG